UGGCCAUAUUCGUGGUAAAUUUAAAAAAAAAAAACAAUAUUUAUGUCAUUGUCCCACAGCCAGGGAAACACGCAGAGAAUGGAACAGUGUAAUCAUUGUUAUAAUCGUUUAUUGUGAUGAAAGAUUUGGUGAUAUCCAAGAAAAAGGCAUGUCUGGGAUCGAGAUCCUUUGGGAAAUUGGAUUUGACGGUGAUCUAUUAAUAAGUACAUAUGAGAACCUAGAUUUCAUCGAUUCAUAUCCACUCCAUGUGCUAAAUAUAAGCUCGAGAUAGAACUUCCUCAGUUUCUCAGCUGAUUGGCCCAAAGAACCACAUGCGAAUUUUUUGUUUUUUCUUUCCGUCAUCAAUUUUCUCGAACGUGGCAAGUACGAAGUGCAUGCAGGAAGCAGUUGGGUUUGCCGUUUGGGUUAAGCUCUGCCUCCGUCUGAUUCAGUGGUGAGGAAGCGGCAGAGAGUGAAUCUGAGUUUAAAAUGGGUCUGAUUGCAUCUAAUCCGAACCCCCUCAUUUUCCGUCGCGAUCGUCAACUGGGUUUAUCAUCUUUUCAUUGCUUGGACACGGCAGAAGUCUAUAGACAAAUAGAUUAGUUUUGUGGAUGACGGUCGACGGAGUCGUUGAAGAACCAACCAACCAAACGCUGUCGCUUCUCCUUUGGCUGCUUGCUUGCAGAGUUGCUUCCCCCCUUCUUCUGUUAAACCAAGAAAACGGAAAAACGUCUCUCUCUCUCUCUCUCUCUCUCUCUCGUCGUUGCUUGUCCACUUGCACUCUGCUCACCUACGCUCCCAGCCGCGCUUACGUUCUACGCACCUCUUGUUUUUCAUAGAGAGAGGUAACCCUGCCGGCGGAAGUGGCGCGUGGGUACUAACCUUACAGGAAUCGCGUAGUCCCAUCUCCCGGUCUUAAUCAGAUUCUUGCUUUUCUCAUUUACUCUCUUAAUUAUCGUUAAUUAUUUUCUUUUUUCCACUUUUUCUUUUCAUAUUUUAAUUUUAAUUAGCAAACAAAACAAAAAGAAAAGGAACGCCGAACCUGGAUAGAUGCCGCUUUUCCAACACAUAAAUAAAUUCCAAUUAUCGUUGGCCUUUUAACGACUAUCCUCCUCCUCCUCCGCCUGACCACCGCCGCCACCGGCGCGAUCCUCCUCCGCCGUCGUAUCCAACCUCGCCGCCAGUUCCUGUUUCCGUACUCGGCGGACGAGACGGGAGCGAAAUCUUCUCGACUUCUGCACAUAGGAGUCGAUUGCUAGCCACCAGCGAUGGCUGAGUUGACUCAGUCCGAUGUGGUCUACUCGCCUCGCUCUCUCCAGCUAUGGACGACUCUCGUGAACUGGCUCGCUUUCUUCUUCCAGAUCUUCCUUCAGAUCCUCCGUGCUCUCGGACACCUCCCCCUUCUCUCCUCUUCCUCCUCUUCUUCGUCUUCCCACUCCUUCAAGCCCUUGCCCGUCGUCGAACUCCCGGAGAUCGAUUCUUCUUCUUCGUCUCCGUCUUCUCCUCCUGCCCCGCCCACUUUGGAGAUCACCGACGGCGACCAGGACUCGAUUCGGGUCCAUCAGCCCCUCCAGGGACUCCACAGGCUAACGGUCGUCCUCGACCUGGACGAGACGCUGAUUUGUGCUUACGAGACGUCCAGCUUGCCGCCGGCGCUGAAAAGCCAGGCGAUUGAGGGUGGAUUGAAGUGGUUCGAACUGGAGUGCAUCUCGUCGGACAAGGAAUUUGACGGGAAGCCUAAGAUCAAUUAUGUAACGGUGUUUGAGCGUCCAGGAUUGCAUGACUUCCUUAAACAGCUCAGUGAAUUUGCUGAUCUUGUGCUCUUCACUGCCGGCUUGGAAGGUUAUGCAAGGCCCCUUGUUGAUAUUAUAGAUAAAGAAAACCUAUUUAGCCUUCGCCUUUAUCGGCCUUCAACCAUUAGCACGGAGUACAGGGAACAUGUGAAGGAUCUGACGUGCAUAUCGAAUGAUGCUUGUCGGGUUGUUAUUGUGGACAACAACCCCUUCAGCUUCUUGUUGCAACCAUUGAAUGGAAUCCCAUGCAUUCCAUUCUCGGCUGGCCAACCACACGACACACAGCUUCUAGAUGUAAUCCUUCCACUACUCAAGCAACUCUCUCAGCAGAUAGAUGUAAGGCCAGUGCUGUAUGAGAGAUUCCACAUGCCAGAGUGGUUCCAAAGGCAGGGGAUUCCUGCUACUGGCCCUGGAUGGAGAUAGUAUUAUUAAUAUAUAAGAAGUAAACCUCAGCUUCAGCUUCAGCUUCAAGUCCUCUGUACCAUCCACGACAGUUGAUUUAUUCCCAAGGCAGCAAUGUGUUUCGUUCUUCUCUUGCGAGUUCGGCAACUACUAGCACUUCCAUUUGUUUGUAGAUAGCAGCAUUAAAUUUUUGUAAGCAAGACGUAGGUCACAUUGAUGAAAGCAGCAGGCGAGCAAGGCGGGCACAGCACGGCAUAGCUAAAGAUCAUUCAAUUCAAGUCAAUUAUGUUGCUCUUUGUUGCCACUUUCAUGUAUGUAGAUCUUUCCUAUACAGUAAAAGAGACACAGUCUUAGUUUUGGGUUGUUAUAUAGGGCCUCUCAGUAUGUUGUAAAAAUUGGGUGAGGAAUGGAUUCAGUCAAUACAGCUUUCCUCAGUAUUUCAGGCAUGUAACUCUAUGGAGUGGUAAUGUGGUAUAGUUAGAACUUUAAAACUUUCCUCAACCCGUAACAAGUUUUGUGAUGUGAUCAACGAAAUCGAUUCAAGCUAGGUGCUACACUUGACAAUUUCGAAAAUAACUAAUGUUCUCUUAGAUUGAAUUAAUAGAUUAGUGCGGUUGAUUCCUGGAAGCUUAUGAGCUUUACAAAUUAUAACGACAUCACUUUAAAUUUGUGGGUCAAUUUCAACUACGAGCACCAGUUACUUCCAGUAAGGGGCAACUGAAUUUCUUACACUUCAAUGCUAACAUUCAUCCAAUUAAUGAUGAAUCCAGUUCAGAAGCCUAAUAAGUCGUGAAAGGAACGUUCAUUUUCUGUACACAACAAUAAUGCCCCUUCCUUGUAGAUCAAGGCAUCUCAGCCACAGAAACGCAGAAAUUAGCCAUUUUUUGCCAAACUUUAGUGGCCAAAAUUGGUGGCUAACUGGCUGAGGCUGAGUGACUGGGCCGCCACCUAGACCUAGGGAGUCAUUUUGGACCAGGCCUACCUUUACUCCCAGAAUCGUCAAACCAUGAAGGUUAGCUUCCCGCUACGGCGGCCCGCUCUAUCUGUGCUAUAGAUUUGUUGAAUGUUGGGCAGUGUUUCUCUUUUUAACCCUUAAGUACCAAGUAAAAAAUAUUAGGCAGUAUUGUUGAACGUUGGCGUAGAGGCGUAGAAUGAAUGUGUUGUCAGUUUGUGGUAAUCAUGAUUUGAUAUCCGGGCAGCAGAAGCAGAGUUAGCUAUGCCAUUGAAAUUCAGCAUUUGGGUGUAGUUACAUCUACACACCUUAUUGAGUUGUUAGCUGCUAGAAAUAGUUCUGAUCAGUUUGACAGUGAUGCGAGAUUCUAAAUCUAAAGUGGUGGUAUGUUAGCUUCAAAAUGGCGUGGAUUGAGGUAGGGCUGCAAAUGAACCGAGUUGGGUCGAGUUUUACCCCAGUUUGAGCUCAAUUCGUUAAUAAACGAGUCGAGCUCGAGCUCAGCUCGUUUAUUAACUAGCCGAGUCGAGUCGAGCUCGAGCUAGCUUGUUUAUCAAAAUCUUAACUUUUAUUUGGUACUUCAUUUUGUAUAUCAUGAUACAUAUGAUUUAUUUUGUUAGUUAAUCUCAUCUUAUACUUUAUACUUUGUUGGUAUCAUAUAUCGUUUAGUUAAUAAAUUUUAACUACUCCAAAUCAUGUUAUUUCAUUGUAUCGAAGCAAUCUAUGAUGCAUAAUUUCUUUUUAAAGUAAAAAAAUAAGAUAUAU